AUGGUUCACAAUUUUACACAACCAAGUCAACAUAAUAUACCAAGAAAGCGUCGCCGUUUUUUGACACAUGAUAGUGAUACUGAUCGUAAAUGUAGCCCUGACAGAACAGAGUUAAUCCAUAAAGCGUUGGCCAAACUUAUUUGUAUGAACCAAUUACCACUAUCUUUUUGUUCAAGCUCUGGAUUCCUUCAAUUUAUGGCCGUCGUAGAACCGAACUAUAGAGCAAUCAAAGAGGAAGCAUUAAAAAAAAGACUACACUUUUUUAAGUCAACCGUCGAAGAAAAAAUACGAAAUGAUUUAAAAGCUGUUAAAAGUGUUGUAUGCACAUCAGAUUGUUGGUCCUCAUUGGCCCAACAUUCUUAUAUAACUAUAACUGCACAUGCUUUAAAUAAUGAUUGGUCUCCGAUGUCAUUUACUUUAACAACCCAAGAAAUGGAAGAACGUCAUACAGCUUUAAACAUAGCAGACAAAUUAGAAAAUGUAUUCUCCAGCUGGGAAAUUAAAGAUAAAGUUACGACUGUUAUAACAGAUAAUGCAAAAAAUGUAGUAAAUGCCGUUCAAUUACUUUCUAAUACCACUAAUACUAAUAUUUCAGAUGUGACGUGUGCAGAUCAUAGUUUACAACUAUCUAUAAAUAAAGCAUUACAAGAAGAUUUAAUUUCCGAAAUAAUUAAUCAAAGCAGCAGGCUAGUAGGACAUUUUAAACAUUCGAAUUUGGCAAAACAAUCUUUAUUAAAUAAACAAAAACAAUUAGGUAUGCCUGAACAGUCUUUAUUGCAAAGUUGUAUUAGAACACUAAGAUACGUGAUUACAUGUAUACGUGAAUACGUGAAUAUUCGUGUACACGUGAAUAAUUACACGUGUACACGGAUUUUUUAA